AUGUAAACUUCCGGUUUGACAAGUGUAUUUCUUUCCAUCUAAAUUUGUCUGUGUACUUUUGACUUCCUCUUAAAAUAAGUCCGUAAGCUGACAUUUGUAUAAGAAUUGUUGCAGUAUUUUCUAUGCUCGAAUAUUAUCUUCUGAAACUUUGUAAAUGUUCACGGAAGAAAAUGAAUCGCGAAAAGUGAUGACACGUUCUUGUAAGACCUUAGCAAACGCCGCUUUUGGGACGUUGCUGCUAUUGUCUAUUCUGUUAUUACUGUACGUAAUAGGACUACUUCCCAUGAAACCUAGCUGGGAAGAUGAGAAGGUUAAAGAAACAGUUUUACCAACAAUUCCAGAACUGAAACAACUUUCUCAUAGAGAACUUGCACAACUUUAUCACAGUUAUAUUAAUCAAGCACAGGUGCUAUGUAGACAUAUUGUACGUAUUGGUAACCUUGGUGACGGGGGAUGGGAGAUCUGUGAGGAUCAAGAAUUCAGGCCUAGUCCACCAUGCCUUGUGUAUUCAUUCGGGAUUAAUGAUGACUUUAGUUUUGAUGAUCAUAUGGCAGAUAGGUUCAAUUGUAUGGUGCACUCAUUUGAUCCCAGCAUGAAGAACACAUCAGAAGGCGCCAGGAGACACAAACAGUGGUUCUACCAUACAGGUUUGGCAGAACAAACAAAAACACUGAGAAAUGGAUGGAAAGUUUCAACACUGAAUGAUAUACUUGUUCAACAAGGUCAUACAAAGGACAAAAUUGACAUUCUGAAGAUUGACACUGAAAAGUUUGAGUGGCAAACUUUAAUACAGAUCUUUGAGUCUGGAGGAAUUGAAAAUGUUAAACAGUUACUGAUCGAGUUGCAUGUAGCAAUAGUUGGGGAGCCUGAAAGGUUGGAGUAUAUACAGGGCCUCGGAGUGCUCAAGAUGUUAUAUGAUCAUGGAUUCCGAAUUUUUUAUUCCCACAGGAACUUGUGGUGUAAAUAUUUAUCACAGUUCGAAGGAAUUGAAGAGAUUGGGUGCCAUGAAGUUUCUUUUGUAUACAUUCCUCAAUGAAAAUAUUGUAUAUAUUACAUAUCCAGUAUAUAUUACAUAUCCACGAAAAUUGAUGCCAUUGGUGUGUUCAGUUGAUGUUUACAUAUUCAUGGUACAUGAGGCAGGAGUUAUUUUGGAAAUGUUUACAAUCGCUGACUGAAUGAAUUUUCCCCUAUGUGUUUAGAGCUUGUUAAGGUUGUUGAAUUCUUUCCUGUGAGAAAACGAUGUCGACUUGUGGAAGGUUAUCUACUCUACUAAUGUACCUGCCAGGACCCUGAAAUAAUGCCUGGAGGGGCACCUCCAUUUGUAUGAAAGUUGCCAUAUGACCUACACUGUGUCAGCAUGACUAAAUAAAAUUCAGUACAUAUCUGUAGUGUGUGGUUAAAAGAACUAGUGCUAGAUUUAUCUAAGAGUCCUGAAAUCUCGAAGCAGGUUUAUAUAGUUUGCUUCUGCAGUACCAUUUCCACACUGAAGCAACUGUCUUUCAUCUUGCAUAAUCUGUUCUGAUUGUAACAGUGAAUUUAAGUUACAUUGCUCCCCCGAGUCCUCCAUGGCUGAAUGGUUAUUGCCACUGAGUGAAUCACUUGCCCCACACAGCUGUGGGUUCAAAACCUCACUUGGGGUGUAGAAUUAGCCAUCCAGCUGGUUUAUGGAAGGUUGGUGGUUCAACCCAGGUGCUUGCCCACAUUUGCAAUAAUUAAUACACAGAAGGGCACAUGGGGUCUUCCCCAUCCAUCUAAAGUUGGGAAAUUAUAUGACCUGUAAUUGUCAGUGUGAUGUUUAACUAGCUAAUCCAUGGCUGUGAUUAUUUCAACAACAACAUAAAAAUUGUUCUCUUUCAUUUUCUGAGAAAUGUAUUGUUUUUGUAGUCAGAAGCAGCUUACUGUUAUGAAUAGUAUUUAACCCUUACCCUGCUAAAUUUCUAUAAUGAACUUGUCCAUUUUACAAUUUGGACAGUACCAUUAACUGUUGAAAGGGGUGCUUACCAAAAAAAUACUAACUGAAUGGCAAACAGUGCAGAUCAUGAUCAGACUGCACGGAUGUGCAGGCUGAUCAUGAUCUACACAGGUCGCAUAUUUAGCAUGAUAAGGGUUAAGGAAGUAAAACUGCUGAACUUGUCCAUUUUACAAUUUGGACAGUACCAUUAACUGUUGAAAGGGGUGCUUACCAAAAAAAUACUAACUGAAUGGCAAACAGUGCAGAUCAUGAUCAGACUGCACGGAUGUGCAGGCUGAUCAUGAUCUACACAGGUCACAUAUUUAGCAUGAUAAGGGUUAAGGAAGUAAAACUGCUGAGUUUUCCUGAAUAGGGCUAAACUUUCUUCAGAUAAAGCAGGUAGAAGAAAACAAGAGAUCACAGAGUGAUCUUGGCGCCCACCAAUGUGCCAUUUUUGAGUGUUCCAAAUUUCAAGACUUACUGACUAGCUCAAGGUCAAAUUUCAUUUCCGUACACAACAGUGUGCAUGUGGUCCAAAUUCGAAAGCUGUAGCUUGAGAAAUGUGAAAGUAGGUCACUAGAUCAAUUUCAAGGACGAAAUGUGAAAGUAGGUCACUAGGUCAAAAUCAAGGUCAAAUUACACUUCAGAACACAAAUUUAUGCAUGUGGUCCAAAUUUAAAGCCUGUACCUUCAACAAGAGAUCACAGAGUGAUCUUGGCGCCCACCAAUGUGCCAUUUUGGAGUGUUCCAAAUUUCAAGACUUACUGACUAGCUCAAGGUCAAAUUUCAUUUUCAUACACAACACUGUGCAUGUGGUCCAAAUUCGAAAGCUGUAGCUUGAGAAAUGUGAAAGUAGGUCACUAGAUCAAUCUUAAGGUCAAAGUUUAAUUUGGUACACAAAACUAUGCAAGUGGUCCAAAUUUGAAGGCUUAGCUUGAGAAAUGUGUAAGUAGGUCACUAGGUCAAAAUCAAGGGUCAAAUUUCACUUCAGAACACAAAUCUAUGCAUGUGGUCCAAAUCUGAAGCCUGUACCUUCAAAAAUGUGAAAGUAGGUCACUAGGUCAAUGUCAAGGUCAAAGUUUGUUUUGGUACACAAUCCUAUGCAUGUGGUCUUAAUUUGAAGCCUGUAGCUACAGAAAUGUGAAAGUAGGUCACUAGGUCAAUCUUAAGGUCAAAGUUCAUUUCGGUACACAAAACUAUGCAUGUGGUCCGAAUUUGAAGGCUGUAGCUUGAGAAAUGUGAAAGUAGGUCACUAGGUCAAAAUCAAGGUCAAAUUUUAAUUCAGAAUACAGAACUAUGCAUGUGGUCCAAAUUUGAAGCUUGUACCUUCAAAAAUGUGAAAGCAGGUCACUAGGUCAAUGUAAAGGUCAAAGUUUGUUUCGGUACAUAAAACCAUGCAUGUGGUCCAAAUUUGAAGGCUGUAGCUUGAGAAAUGAGAAAGUAGGUCACUGGGUCAAAAUCAAGGUCAGAUUUCAUUUUGGAACACAAAACUAUGCAUGUGGUCCAAAUUUGAAGACUGUACCUUCAAAAAUGUGAAAGUAGGUCACUAGGUCAAAAUCAAUGUCAAAUUUCAUUUUGAAACACGGAACUAUGCAUACGGUCCAAAUUUGAUACCUGUACCUUCAAAAAUGUGAAAGUAGGUCACUAGGUCAAAAUCAAGGUCAAAGUUUUUUCAAGUGCACAAAACUAUGCAAGUGGUCCAAAUUUGAAGGCUGUAGCUACAGAAAUGUGAAAGUAGGUCACUAGGUCAAAAUCAAGGUCAACUCAUGUCAAGGUUCAUCUUGCCACUCAAAAAUAUACAUGUCCAAAUUUGAAUGUUGUAGUUACUGACAAGAAGAUUUUAAAAGCUUUUCCCUAUAUAAGUCUAUAUGAACCAUGUGACCCCCGGGGCGGGGCCAUAUUUGACCCUAGGGGGAUAAUUUGAACAAACUUGGUAGAGAACCACUAGAUGAUGCUACAUUACAAGUAUCAAAGCCCUAGGCUUUGUGCUUUGACAAGAAGUUUUUCCCUAUGUAAGUCUAUGUAAACCAUAUGACCCCCAGGGUGGGGCCAUAUUUGACCCUAGGGGUAUAAUUUGAAUAAUCUUAGUUGAAGACCACUAGAUGAUGUCACAUACAAAAUAUCAAAGCCCUAGGCCCUGUAGUUUUGGACAAGAGGUUUUUCAAAGUUUUUCUCUAUACAAGUCUAUAUAAACCAUGUGACCCCCAGGGCGGGGCCAUAUUUGACCCCAGAGAAAUAAUUUGAAUCAUCCUGGUAGAGGACCACUAGAUAAUACUUCAUACCAAAUAUCAAAGCCCUAGGCUCUGUGGUUUUGGACAAGAAGGUUUUCAAAGUUUUUCCCUAUAUAAAUCUAUGUAAAUUAUAGAAAUAAACAAAGGGCCAUAACUCACUCAUAAAUUGUUGAACCAGUCUGAUUUUCAGGGGGACACAACUAGGGUACCAAUACAUCAUUCUGACAAAGUUUGGUCGAAAUCCCCCCAGUAGUUUCUGAGGAGAUGCGAUAACGAGAAAUUGUUAACGGACGGAAUGACGGACGGACGGACCACAGACGCAGAGUGAUUUUAAUAGCCCACCAUCUGAUGAUGGUGGGCUAAAAAUGUGAAAGUAGGUCACUAGGUCAAUGUCAAGGUCAAAGUUUGUUUCGGUACACAAUCCUAUGCAUGUGGUCUAAAUUUGAAGCCUGUAGCUACAGAAAUGUGAAAGUAGGCCACUAGGUCAAUCUUAAGGUCAAAGUUCAUUUUGGUACACAAAACUAUGCAAGUGGUCCAAAUUUGAAGGCUGUAGCUUGAGAAAUUUGAAAGUAGGUCACUAGGUCAAAAUCAAGGUCAAAUUUUAUUUCAGAACACAGAACUAUGCAUGUGUUCCAAAUUUGAAGCCUGUACCUUCAAAAAUGUGAAAGUAGGUCACUAGGUCAAUGUAAAGGUCAAAGUUUGUUUCGGUACACAAAACUAUGCAUGUGGUCCAAAUUUGAAGGCUGUAGCUUGAGAAAUGUGAAAGUAGGUCAGUAGGUCAAAAUCAAGGUCAAAUUCCAUUUCAGAACACGAAACUAUGCAUGUGGUCCAAAUUUGAAGCCUGUACCUUCAAAAAUGUGAAAGUAGGUCACUAGGUCAAUGUCAAGGUCAAAGUUUGUUUCAGUGCACAAAGCUAUGCAUGUGGUCCAAAUUUGAAGGCAGUAGCUACAGAAAUGUGAAAGUAGGUCACUAGGUCAAAAUCAAGGUCAACUCAUGUCAAGGUUCAUCUUGCCACUCAAAACCAUACAUGUGGUCCAAAUUUGAAUGUUGUAGGUUAUUGACAAGAUUUUAAAAUCUUUUCCCUAUAUAAGUCUAUAUGAACCAUGUGACCCCCCAGGGCGGGGCCAUAUUUGACCCUAGGGGGAUAAUUUGAACAAACUUGGUAGAGAACCACUAGAGGAUGCUACAUUACAAAUGCCAAAGCCCUAGGCUUUGUGGUUUGGACUAGAAGAUUUUCAAAGUUUUUCCCUAUAUAAGUCUAUGUAAACCAUGUGACCCCUGGGGCGGGGCCAUAUUUGACCCUUGGGGGAUAAUUUGAACAAUCUUAGUAGAAGACCACUAGAUGAUGUCAUAUACAAAAUAUCAAAGCCCUAGGCCCUGUGGUUUUGAACAAGAGGUUUUUCAAAGUUUUUCCCUAUAUAAGUCUAUAUAAACCAUGUGACCCCCGGGGCGGGGCCAUAUUAGACCCCAAGGAAAUAAUUUGAAUCAUCUUGGUAGAGGACCACUAGAUGAUGCUUCAUACCAAAUAUCAAAGCCCUAGGCUCUGUGGUUUUGGACAAGAAGAUUUUCAAAGUUUUCCCUAUAUAAAUCUAUGUAAAUUAUAGAAAUAAACAAAGGGCCAUAACUCACUAAAAAAUUGUUGAACCAGUCUGAUUUUCAGGGGGACACAACUAGGGUACCAAUACAUCAUUCUGACAAAGUUUGGUUAAAAUCCCCCCAGUAGUUUCUGAGGAGAUGCGAUAACGAGAAAUUGUUAACGGACGGAAGGACGGACGGACGGAAGGACGACGGACCACGGACGCAGAGUGAUUUGAAUAGCCCACCAUCUGAUGAUGGUGGGCUAAUAAAGAUCGAAUAAUGAAGGAAUUUGGUUUGCGGGGAAAUUUGUUUUUAAUAUCAGGAAACCAUGUGUAGGUUAUUGGUAUUUUCACCUCUUUGCAAUACUAAUGUAUCUUCCUUUUCAUUAUAUUUUAUGCUUGGGUGGUGUCUUUCUUUAUAACACAACACAAAUCUAUGCAAAGGAACUGUAUACUGGACAUGUGCUAUUACAUGAAUAGAAGUUUGUGCUCUUUUGUCCAUCAUUAUUGCUGCAUAUUUACUUUAAUAUAAAUCUAAUUAAUUUUUUUUAGUAAAUAGUUUGAAGAAGGGUUUUAUUUACAUGUAAAAUAUUUGGUAUACAUAUCAUGGCUGUGAUUAUUUUAUAAUAAAUUGCCUGUAUGAUAUAUUGGACAUUUUUAAAAUAUUGAUAAUAAAUGUAACAGGUU